AUGCUCUCAAUCUUCUACGUUGCGACCCUGUCACCAUGCACGGCCCCUGAACAUCUUGCCGUGAAGCUGGCCGCGACUCACUUGCGCCGCCGAGCGACGCAAGCGUGUCAAUGGAAGACCGGUGCCUUCAACGUGUGUUACCGUGUUCAGUUCCAUGAUGAAACUCCUGAGGUUAUCGUUCGGUUCAGCUCCCUUGGACGGACAAUCUUCCGUGCUGAAAAAGUUGCCAACGAAGUCGCCGUCCUGAGAUACCUCCGGAAGCACACCUCGAUCCCUGUCCCUGAGGUCUACGGCUCCGGGAAGACGUGGACGGGGCCGUAUAUCGUUCUAACCUAUAUCCACGGAACGCCUCUCGCCAGCAUCCUCAAGGAUCCGAAGGUGGAAGGGCAACCCGUUCUGAACCCGCAUAUCAGCCAGCGAGGGUUGCGGAGAGCCUACCAAGAGGUGGCCCAGCUUCUUCUUGAAUUAUCCAAGCCUGAGUUCCCCAGGAUCGGCGCCCUGGCAGAAGAGCCGGAUGGAGAAUUCGGGGUAUCGAGAAAGCCGUUUACAUUCAAUAUCAACGAGCUAUCUACUUCUGCAAAUGUCCCGCCUUGCGUACUGCCAGAUUCAAAUCGGAACGACGCAGCCACUGACGAAGCUGACUGUCGCGGGAAAUUCGUUGCUCGCUGCCUGUUUAGCAAAGUCGUCGAACGCAUUCAGUUCCAUGAAGGGGCAUUUCAGCUCUACUGCGACGAUUUCCGCCCCUCAAAUAUACUUGUGGACAUCGAAAAUAUCCGCAUUGCGGCAGCCAUGGAUUGGGAGUUUACCUAUGUAGCCCCCGCCGAGUUUAGUUACGUGGCCCCAUGGUGGCUUCUGCUUCAGUCCCCCGAGGACUGGGAAUCAGACCUCACCGAGUUUCUGACUCGCUAUACCCCUCGCUUUCAUCUUUUCUUGGACGCCCUACGAGCUGCUGAGUCUGACAUGGUGUCUACUGGUAGGCUGCAGGAAUCUCAGAGGCUAUCGCCGCGCAUGGAGAAUUCUUUGGAUACUCAGUUAUUCUGGGUGUGUCUAGCUGCACGGUACAGUUCCAUGUUCGAUGACAUCUACUGGACGUUCAUCGAUGAAGUUUAUCACGGCAAAUUCACGUCUCUGGAAGACCGACUGCAAUACCUGAGCCAGGAAGAGCGCACUAAGCUAGACACAAUAUACCACUUCAAGGUCAAACAGGCAGAGGAUGGCACAAUCGACCCCCAUUACUCACUCGAUGAUACUAUGGAGCUGUAA